AUGCCGUUGCGCCUGGAUAUCAAGAGGAAGUUGACAGCGAGGUCGGACCGCGUCAAGUGUGUGGACCAGCACCCGACCGAGCCUUGGCUCCUAUGCUCCCUAUACAACGGUGACGUGAACAUAUGGAACUAUGAAACACACUCACAGAUCAAGAGGUUUGAGGUAUGCGACCUACCUGUGCGCGCCGCCAAGUUCGUGCCACGCAAGAACUGGGUGAUCACCGGCUCUGAUGACAUGCAGAUUCGCGUGUUCAACUACAACACGCUGGAGAGAGUGCACGCUUUUGAAGCGCACUCCGACUACGUCAGAUGCAUCGCGAUACAUCCUACACAGCCAUACAUUCUCACCAGCAGCGAUGAUCUACUGAUCAAGCUGUGGAACUGGGAACGCAACUGGGCAUGCCAGCAAGUGUUCGAGGGCCAUACACAUUAUGUGAUGCAGAUCGUCAUCAACCCUAAAGACAACAACACAUUCGCUAGUGCUAGUCUCGACACCACCGUCAAAGUAUGGCAACUGGGGUCGUCAAUUUCAAAUUUCACGCUAGAAGGCCACGAGAAAGGCGUCAACUGCGUCGACUAUUACCACGGAGGAGACAAGCCCUACCUCAUAAGUGGUGCCGACGAUCGUCUUGUCAAAAUAUGGGACUACCAGAACAAAACGUGUGUUCAGACAUUAGAGAGUCACACGCAGAAUGUGACGGCGGUGUCGUUCCACCCCGAAUUGCCGAUCCUGCUGACUGGCUCAGAGGACGGCACUAUCAGAAUAUGGCACGCAGGCACUUACAGACUAGAAUCCUCCCUCAACUACGGCUUCGAGAGAGUCUGGACCAUUUCUUCGAUGCACGGCUCCAACAACGUGGCCAUCGGUUACGACGAGGGCACGAUCAUGAUCAAGGUGGGUCGCGAGGAGCCCGCUAUUUCCAUGGACGUCAAUGGAGGCAAGAUUAUUUGGGCGAAACAUUCUGAGAUGCAGCAAGUCAACCUGAAGGCAUUGCCAGAAGGCACUGAGAUAAAAGAUGGGGAGCGAGUCCCAGUGAUGGCGAAGGACAUGGGUUCCUGUGAGAUCUACCCUCAAACUAUUGCGCAUAACCCGAACGGACGGUUCGUAGUAGUGUGCGGCGACGGCGAGUACAUUAUUUACACGGCCAUGGCACUUAGGAACAAGGCCUUUGGAACUGCACAGGAGUUCGUCUGGGCGUUUGACAGCUCGGAAUAUGCGACUCUUGAAAACUCCAGCACCAUCAAGGUGUUCAAAAACUUCAAAGAGAGAAAGAGCUUCAAGCCUGAGUAUGGAGCUGAAGGAAUAUACGGCGGUUUCAUGUUGGGUGUGAAGUCUAUCAGCGGUGUGGCAUUCUCUUUCUAUGACUGGGAGAACCUCGAGUUGAUCAGAAGGAUCGAGAUCCAACCUCGACACGUGUAUUGGUCUGAGAGUGGCAACCUGGUGUGCCUGGCGGCUGACGACUCGUACUACGUGCUCAAGUACAAUGCAGCUGUUGUGACGCGAGCGCGCGAAACCAAUUCUAACAUCACAGAAGACGGCAUUGAAGACGCUUUUGAGGUCGUGGGUGCAGUGAACGAGGUUGUAAAGACAGGACUAUGGGUGGGCGACUGCUUCAUCUACACGAAUUCCUUGAACAGAAUAAACUACUACGUCGGCGGAGAGAUCGUCACCAUAUCCCACCUUGACCACACCAUGUACAUCCUCGGAUACGUCGCCAAGGAGAACAGGCUGUACCUAAAUGACAAGGAGUUGAACAUAGUGUCGUACUCGCUGCUGCUGUCGGUACUGGAGUACCAGACGGCGGUGAUGCGCGCAGACUUCGAGACAGCAGACCGUGUACUGCCCACCAUUCCACAAGAACAUCGCACUAGGGUCGCUCACUUCCUAGAGAAACAAGGCUUCAAACAACAAGCUUUAGCAGUAUCCACAGAGCCCGAACACCAGUUCGAGCUAGCCCUCUCACUGGGCGAACUUAGAAGAGCGAAGCAGUUGGCUGAGGAGGCGGCAUUGGCCGAGGGUUCUACGUCGCGAUCCUCAGCGGCGCGGUGGUCUCGGCUAGGAGCCGCCGCCGCCGCCGCCGCAGACACGGAACUCACCAAGGCCUGCUAUCAGAGCGCUAAGGACUACAGUGCCCUACUUCUAUUCGCAGCUAGUACCGGCGACAAAGAACUGUUGAAGAGUGUAGCACAGAUGUCCUCGGUGGAAAACGCAGAGAAUAUCUCAUUCGUGGCCUACUUUAUGCUGAAUGAUCUCGAAUCCUGUCUCAAGCUGCUCAUACAACGAGACAAGCUGCCUGAAGCCGCCUUCUUUGCCAGAUCAUACAUUCCAUCGAAGAUGUCGGAAGUGGUGAAGUUAUGGCGUGAGUCCACUAGCGCCAGCAACGCGAAGCUCGGCCAAUCUCUCGCCGACCCGGAGCAGUAUGAGAACUUGUUCCCUGAAUUCUCGCAAUCAUUGGAGUUGGAGAGAUUUCAGCGCGAGUAUGGGUAUGAACAGAGUUGCUUGCUAGCAAACUUGCCGUUCGACUCAAAGACUUGCAACCUUGAGCGUAACCUUGCCACGGAGAAGGAGGAGGCCGAGCAACGCGGCUUUAAGCUGAGCUCCACUACCCUGGUGCGGUCUUCUGCAGACAGCUCAAAUGAUCUUGGCCUUGAAGACCGAGUUACAAGCAAUGAUAGUCCUUCCCGCAUGGUGCCGGACAGUACAGUGACUACUGCGGCACAGCAGGAUCUGAAGAAACGGCGAGACUCUCUCGACAUGGAGGAGCUGGAGCGGGAGAUCGAAGAUAUCGUCCUCGACGGCACGGUCGAAAACGUGGAUCUGUCGGACGAUGUAGAUUUACUGGAUUAA